AUGUCUCUCCCCGAAAGACCGGGAGCGGCGCCCAGCUACGACGAGCGAAAUGCCUAUCGACACUCACCUCCCCGCCGGCAGCGCGACGCUGCCGGCCCUGAGUCGGGCUAUCAGCGCGUAGCAGGGCAGCAGCAUUACAAUGGGGGUUCGGUAACAUCUUUUGCAGACACUCUUCCACCAUCUCCUAAUGCAAACACAGAGCAAAUGCCUCUCUCUCCCACCGACCACGGCGAGACCGGCAACCCUCAGCCCUUCCAGAGAAAGAGGAGCCUGAUCAGGCCCGAGCGGAACAAGAUUGGGAAAGACCACCCCAACUAUUACUACAGGAAACACGCAGCGAAUAUGAACGUGAUGCCCUCAUCUACAGGAAACGACCCGAUCCUCGAAGACGUUGCGGGGACCACGGACGUUUCUGGCAGCUCUCGGGUCGGAGAUGCCAUGUCGGAUGUGACGCCUGGCAGGCGAUUGAGCAGUAGGACUAACAGCGCCGAAGCCGAGAAGUCGAGCCGUACGAGACGGAGAACGUCUGGCCACGUCAAGAACGGCAAGAUCAAGAAGGACGGGCGCAAGAGGGAUAAGGAGAAGCGCCAGGCUGAGCAGAUUCGACCACCCAGUGUCUGGAAUGUCUACUGCGCCAUCGUCACCUUCUGGUGCCCCGACUUCAUUCUGCGGUGCUUUGGCAAGCCGGCCAAGGCGCAGCAGAGAGCUUGGCGUGAAAAGAUGGGACUGAUCAGCAUCAUUCUUCUGAUCAUGGGUUUCGUCGGUUUCCUCACGUUCGGAUUUAACCAGGCCGUCUGCGGCCAGCCCGCCACUCGCCUGCGAGUCAACGAGGUCGGCCUUGGUUUCAUGAUCUUCCAUGGAGUCGCGUACGAUCUGUCCACAUCUCGCCACCCGCCUGCUGAGGGUAUUCCAAGGCGGCUGGAUGGGCAGUUUGCCAAUGUGCUGUUCGACCUGCCCCAGAAGCACGGCGGCGAGGACGGAAGCUUCCUCUUCCAGAACGUCAACGGCAAAUGCAAGAAUGUGAUCACGCGCACUCCAAACUCGUUGAUUCCUACCGAUUCGAGCAACAAUCUGGCCUGGUAUUUCCCUUGCACGCCGUUCAACCAGGACGGCUCUUCGAAGCCAAACUACACAUUCCCGUACUACACGGGCUAUGCGUGCCAUACCACGGCGGCGAGUCGAGACACGUUCUACACCCAGCUCCACGGCACUGCGGACGUCUAUUUCAAGUGGGACGACGUCAAGAACAACUCGAGAAACCUGAUCGUCUACUCCGGCAAUGUACUCGACCUUGACCUGCUGUACUGGUUCGAUGAGACCCAGGUCGUGAUCCCGAACCGCAUGAAGGAGCUGCGCGACAGGUCGACCCCGGCCAACCAAGCGAUCCAUGGCCGCGAUGUUACCAGAGCGUUCCAGUCGUCUGGCGAUAAAGGACUUGCCGAGUGUUUUGAGGAAAUCAUCAAGGUCGGAACUGUCGACACUGACACGGUCGGCUGCAUCGCAUCCAAGGUCGUGCUGUAUGUGUCUCUGGUUUUGAUUCUGGCGGUUGUCGUUUCCAGAUUCGUCCUGGCAAUCAUCUUCCAGUGGUUCAUCAGCAAGACGUAUGCUGCGGCGAAGACAUCACAGUCGUCCGAUAAGCGCAAGCGUAACCGCCAGAUCGAAGAUUGGAGUGAGGACAUCUACCGCGCUCCCGUUCGCAUGCCUGGCGAUGUGGGCAGCAGCGUGGCUGGCACGGGCUCUGACCGUGUGAGCAAGCGCAGCAGCACCUUUCUGCCGACAACCUCUCGUUUCUCGACUGUCUACGGCGCAGACCGCAACCCGCGCAAUAGCAGGGCUAUGCCCACGACUAUGGCAAGCCAAGCUUCGGGAGGCGGCCAGCUGCUUCACCCCAACUCGAUCUAUCGCCAAGGCAACGAUAGCCGGACCAGCUUCCUGAAAUCUGAUCCCUACAACACCAGUGUCAGCCCUACGGACGGUCCCGGCCCCGCUGGCUUCAUUCAUGAGGCCGUAGUUCCCCAGCCGCCCUCGGAUUGGAUGCCCUUUGGUUUUCCCCUUGCCCACGCCAUCUGUCUCGUCACUGCCUACUCUGAAGGAGAGCUUGGUAUCCGGACCACUCUCGACUCCAUUGCCAUGACCGACUACCCGAACAGCCACAAGGUCAUUCUCGUUGUUUGUGACGGUAUUAUCAAGGGCAAGGGCGAGACCAUGUCGACCCCUGAUAUCGUCCUUGGCAUGGUUAAGGACCACACGAUUCUCCCAGAAGAAGUCGAGGCUUUCUCGUACGUCGCUGUCGCAAGUGGUUCCAAGAGACACAACAUGGCCAAGAUCUACUCGGGCUUCUAUGACUAUGGCGCCGACUCUCGCAUUCCUCUGGACAAGCAGCAAAGGGUGCCCAUGAUGGUUGUGGUCAAGUGCGGCACCCCCGACGAGGCUGUCAAGGCCAAGCCGGGCAACCGUGGCAAGCGCGACAGUCAGAUCAUUCUCAUGUCUUUCCUCCAGAAGGUCAUGUUCGACGAGCGUAUGACGGAGCUCGAGUACGAAAUGUUUAACGGUCUAUGGAAGGUUACUGGAAUCUCGCCCGAUUACUAUGAGAUAGUGCUCAUGGUCGACGCCGAUACGAAGGUCUUCCCCGACAGUCUCACCCACAUGAUCUCGGCCAUGGUCAAGGAUCCCGAGAUCAUGGGUCUUUGCGGCGAGACGAAGAUUGCCAACAAGCGGGCCAGCUGGGUGUCUGCGAUCCAAGUCUUCGAGUACUUCAUCUCGCACCAUCUGUCCAAGUCCUUCGAGUCCGUCUUUGGUGGUGUCACCUGUCUUCCCGGUUGCUUCUGCAUGUACCGCAUCAAGGCCCCCAAGGGUGCUCAGAACUACUGGGUUCCCAUCCUGGCAAACCCCGACGUCGUCGAGCACUAUUCGGAGAAUGUCGUCGACACCUUGCACAAGAAGAACCUGCUCUUGCUGGGUGAGGAUCGUUACCUGACCACGCUCAUGCUGCGCACUUUCCCCAAGCGCAAGCAAGUCUUUGUUCCGCAAGCCGUGUGCAAGACGACCGUUCCCGAGGAAUUCAGCGUUCUCCUCUCUCAGCGCCGACGAUGGAUCAACUCCACCAUUCACAACCUGAUGGAGCUGGUCCUUGUCCGAGAUCUCUGUGGUACAUUCUGCUUUAGUAUGCAGUUCAUCAUCGGUAUCGAGCUGAUCGGUACAUUGGUGCUGCCAGCUGCUAUCGCUUUCACCUUCUACGUCAUCAUCAUCUCCAUCAUCCACUCGCCACCCCAGAUCAUUCCUCUGGUGCUUCUCGCUCUGAUUCUUGGUCUCCCUGCGGUGCUCAUCGUCGUCACGGCCCACUCGUGGUCCUACGUCAUCUGGAUGUUCAUCUACCUCUUGUCUCUGCCCAUCUGGAACUUUGUUCUGCCGACGUACGCUUUCUGGAAGUUUGACGACUUCUCGUGGGGCGACACUCGCAAGACGGCGGGCGAGAAGACAAAGAAGGCGGGCAUCGAGUACGAGGGCGAAUUUGACAGCAGCAAGAUUACGAUGAAGCGCUGGGCCGAGUUUGAGCGCGAUCGGCGCACCCGGGGCAACUACUGGGGCUCCAAGGAGAACAUGGUCGGCGGCAGCAGUAACAAUGGCGGCACGUGGACCAUGACGCCCGGUCAUCAGCAUUAUGAGGAGUACUAUUCGGAUGCUUGA